AUGAACUCCAAUCUUAUACCUUCCGGUCUACAUACUCCUUUUGCCUAUUUUGAGUUGCAAGAAGUUUUUCCUGCAUUAGGUUCACCUUAUCUAAGGACUCUCUUAACAGAUCAGUACCCCAAGACUAAACUAGGUGCUCUUAACUUUGUGGUUCCUCAUAGCUGGCCAGUCGAUCAUCAGGUUGAAGAUGUGGCUGAAUUAAUGUCAAAUGGCACCUGGAAUGUCCAAACACUCCUGCAGUUAUUCUCUGAAGAUAUUGUGCAGCAUAUAGUGCAGGAAAUUGGCAUUAAGCAUGUAUCUAAUGAAUGGGAUACACUAUGGUGGAUGAUGACUAGCUCAGGAAAGUUUAUUGAAGGCAGUGCAUGGGAGUUGCUGGGACAAAGAGCCAAUGUAACAGUGCCUUUUCAUAACAUGUGGAUCAAGGGUGUGCCAUUCAAGAUUUCCUUCUUCUUAUGGAGACUUUGGAAGUUUAAAGUGCCAGUAGAUGAGGUGGUGGCAAGCAUUGGCAUUGCUAUAGUUUCUAAAUGUUGCUGCUGUAAUUCUGCUCAGCCUGAAUCCAUUAAUCAUUUAUUUCUCUGUGGAGAUUUUGCUGCCAAAGUUUGGAGUGUCUUUAAUGCAGCAGCUGGAUUGACCAUGAAUUAUGUUCAAGUUAAACAUGCUAUCAGAAGCUGGUGGGGGGCAAAAUGUCGUCAUAAGCUGAAACCUGUUUUUAAAGCUAUUUCUGCUUUUAUUGUUUGGCAAAUAUGGAAAUGGAGAAACAAUCAAUUACAUGAAGGCACCAUGACUUUUAAUAGGGUGAUAUAUCAUAUCAAUCUGAACAUACACUUGUUAUGCAAGGUGUUGUUCCCUGGGCUGAAUGUUCCAAAAAGAUGGUUUAAGUGUAAUCGAGGUAAUCCAGGGCCAAGUUUUGCUGCUUUUUGCAUCACGAAUGAGGAGGGAGAUUUGGUGUAUGCUGCUGCUAAGAAGUUACAGGAUGGAUCAAAUUUGGUAGCAGAAGCUGAGGCUAUUAGAAUGGGGUUGAUAUACUUCUUAGAUAAGAAACUAUUCCCACUGAUUAUAGAGACUGACUCAAUGGUAAUGAAGAUGAUCCUUGCUGCAGAAUGGAAAAUCCAAUGGGGUAUUUCAAUGGUGGUGGAGGAUAUUCAAAGAAUGAGAAGAGAUCAGAUGGUGAUUGUGGUGCACAUACACAGAGAAGGGAAUGGACUUGCUGAUUUUUUAACUAACAUGGUUUUUGAUUUUGCAGAACAAUACAAGAUAGAGCUCCAGACUGAUGAUCAGGCAUACAAAAGAGCCAUUUCCAAUAUGCAGACUGAACUAGUACUAGUAUGGACUGAUGCAGCAUCUGUGUUAAGGUUUGAGAGUGGCCUGGAUUAUAUACAACAGAAGAUGCCCACAGAUGAAUACAACUAA